UGAGGCGAAGUCAAGGGAAACUAUAAUGGAAGCAGUCAGAGCAGAGAGGGAGGCUAUGUUGGCAUAUUUCCGUCAACUAGUUCCUAAUUUUGAUCCCAGCCAGAUGCUCAAAACCCCAAUUCCUCCAAUUACUUUACCCCCUCAAGAUCAAAGCCCAAAAAAUCCAAUGUCUGAUAAGGCAAGCUGCUCUGGGGCCACUGGUAUCAGACCCCUAGCUUUGGAAUUAGAAGAUCCAAAGCCUGAAGCUGAUACUGCUGGAAAACAGAAAGAGGACACGGAUCUCUCAAAGCUAGACAUGCCACCUCCUCUGUUAGCCUUAUGCCAACAUGUCCAGACCAAGUUGUUGCCUACUAACGAGACUCUGACAGUUCACAUGCCCAAGGAAGUGUGA